GUCGCGUCGCUCGCUUUCAGCGCAUAAGAGGUGUCUGUCAUAUUUACAGUAUCUUAUAGGCUACAGUGCGCGUGACACUCUUGACUACAUUUCCCACACAACAAUGCGCCCUUCAGCAUCCACACAGCUGGGAUACACGCCUGCACGAGCCGAUCCGGUCGUCGCUGAAUUAUUUAGGACAGAACGGUACCGAUGCACCGAGGAUUAAAGAGAGCAGUGCGGGAGACCGUGGGAGUAAACCUCAAAUGAUCGGGGGAAAAAUGGAUAUGCAUAUAAUAUAAUCUGUUCUAGAAGAUCCAGGCUUCUUUGAGAAAAGCAAGUGAUGGGAACGGUCUUACAGGAGAGCACCGUGCAGAACAGUCUGAACAAGCUUCGUUCGUCUUUGGGACGUGCACCAAGCAAGAAAACCACAAAAGCACCUUUGCAUCCACCUCUGAACAAUGGCAUCAGCCAGCCGUCUGAACCUGACAAUCAGCAGAGGUUAAGAAGGAUGAGAUUGGACAGAAUGUUGAUCAUGGCAAACCCCACAGACAGGCAACACAGCACUAAGAUCAAAUCUCAUGCCGCUUCAAAAAACGGAUAUAAGGAGAGACGACAAAGACAAAACAGCCACGGCGCAAAAGAGGGUGGUGGCGGGGGUAAAAGUACAGGCGUAAGACCCGUGACCCCUCGUUCUGUACACGUUCAGAGAGUAGAGCGGCGAAGGGAAGACGGUGGCUGCACACUGCAAAGUAAAGAUGGAGAAGAGGACAGCGGCAGUGACCUCUCGGACUCCGAAAGAUACUCUGUGCUUCCCGCUCAAAUCUCUCCGCCUGACCUCAACCUGCGCGCGGAGGUCAUAGAGCCGUCAGACCUUCACCCCUCCAGACCGCGAGCGCACAACAAGUUCAGAGGCAGCUAUCCGGAUUUCUUACCACCUCCUUUCAAUUCUUGGAGUCUGCAGCAGUUGGCGGUGUACUUGAACACAGAAGGCAAGGGCGUUCCUCGACCCAAGCCCGUCGGGCAGCUCGAGAGAUAUUUGGACCGGCUUUUGCAAUUGGAAUGGCAUCAGAUCCAAACGGUUCAAGAGGACGGCAGCAAGUCCGGCGGUCCAUUGCCUAAAAGUCGCCACGCGCCUCAUUCGUCUUCUCACCUGAGCCUCAGCUCUCCUAAGUGCAUCCUCCAGUGCCAGCGAGCUUUUCCUUUGACGUUGCUGUCCUCCUUGGCCAGUGCUCCCACCCUGCCCACCUGCCCACACUGCCAGAACCAGUAUCCCCUCCCGAACGGCCCGUGCCGCUCUUACGCCUACCACCACCACACACGGCUGAGUCCUCUCCUGGAGAAGAAGGGACAGGCCUCGGGGUUGCCCAGAAGGAGCAGCAGCGAAAGCAGAGCUCAUCAGCCGCUUCCCCGGCACCGAUCUCGCGAGCACAGACUCAGCGACCCCCUGAGCGAGAGCAGCCACUUGAGACGCAUGCAGGCCGUCGGUAACAUUCGCAAUCCGCUCGGCUCCUCGUACAACGUCGACCAGGUUUCCUCCACGGCUACGACGGCCAGUGAUGCCAGCAUUGGGGACACAAGAAAGAGGAAGCCGGGGCAAAGGAGUCGUUCCUGUGCGGGUACGAGGGAGGUCGGCUGCAGGCCGCGAGGACGCAGCGAACAAAGGAAGACCGUCGAUAAGAACCAGCAGGACUCAAAAUUACCUUGCGCUGAAGGAUUGCAUCGCCCCGAAGACUCCUCAAGUAGUCGAGUCAGCAGGAGGCGAAAGCAUGUUGAGUUUGUCACAAAGUAACUCCAACACAGUGGCCUGCAAAUCAGCUAAAAUGUAUGAAUUGACUAGAACUGGAUAAAUAUCAAACCAUGGGGCGUAUUUUCUUAAAAUACUGUAAAUGCCACUUGGUGCGUUGUCUUCAUCUAAUGUGGUGCUUUUCAGUGUGGUUUAAGAGUCCAGAUAGUUGGAUGAUUGUCUGUACAUUUUCUUCUUCAGUUCAGUACUUCUGACCCUACAAAAAUUGUCUGCAUUAUUUUAAGACUUAAAAAAAUAGUUCAUCCAAGAAUGAAAAUGACCCCAUAAUUGACUCUCCUCCAAGGCAUCCUAGGUGUUAAGACGAACACGGUCUAAAGUUAGUUUACAGGUUUUUGUUCUUCCAAGGUAAUGCCGAUAAUGCAGAAAACAUGUGCUAACCUCCCGAAGGCGUAUAGGUUAGUUUUGCGACCGAUAUAUAUGGUUUAUGGAGCUUCAAAAUAAUGGUCGCCAGCAUUAGCUUGAAAACUCUGACUGUACUCGUCUGAAAGAAGAUGGUUGGCUUGCGGGUGAGAAAAAUAUGCCGUGACUUUCGUUUUCGGGUAAACAAUUUUUUUUAGGUUUAAGUUUUUCAUCUAGUAUGAUUUUAUGCAUGAUAUACCCACAUGUUAUUUUUUUUAAAGCUUGCUCUUUUAUUAAUCCAUUGUUUGAAAUCUUUAAGGAUCUAAUGUUAAGUUUAGUUGUACUUUCUGCAACACGGGUGUUUCAGGUGCAGCAAGGGUUUAAAGGGUUACUUUUGUUACUUACCUUACCUCGAGUCAAAGCUUCGUUCGACUUCAGAACACAAUUUAAGACCCGUUUGAUGAAAACCGGGAGUCUUGUGACCGUCCCAUUGACUGCCAAACAAUUACGACUACAAGGUAUAUCUUGUAGAAUAUCACCCAGAAGGUUUGGAACGACACGGGGUAAGUGAUUUAUGACAAAAUAGCAGCUCUGGUUAACCACUCAAAUUAGUUUACAGUUACACAUGAUAAUCUCGAGCCGAAACUUCGUGUGUCUGCACAACAUUAGCCUCGACCCGACCGUCCCAACGAGCACAAGAAGCUGUCUUACACUGUAUAACUUAUUAUUUGUCUCCUUCUAUGUCUGAUUCAUAAGGUGAAUGUGAAGACCAUGAAUAAAAAAUGUUUUUAAAGCUCUUUA